GAAGUUUACUUCCAUACAGCAUGUAAUAAAUUUGAUCAUAUUGGUGUUAAACAACAGCAUUUUUGAAAAAAAUAAACAAAAGAAAGCAAACAUGCAAUCGAGAAAAUAAUAAAAAAUUAAAUAAUAAAUGUAAGUGUGAAAAGCCCACGCUAAAAAUGUUUACGCAGUAAUAUAAAAAAACCGGUCAACGGCUCGCUUGUGGCAAAGCGCCAUAGUGGCCCACAAGAGCACCUACCUGUUUGUACAUGUGGYCGUCAAAGCUUCGCACCCCCAAAUGUCACUCAAAGUGCUUAAAAAUGGAACAACUGCGUGGCACUUGCGCGCGGAGAAACCAAAAAAGUUGUAAAGAAACUGGMAUUACAAGAAAAUUACACAACAAAAACAAUUAAAAGAACACUCGAUCGACUACGUUGUAUAAAUGCGUAAACACAUACUGAAACAUAUGCGCCCAGUUGUUUCCAAAAAUAAAAAUAAAAAUACAUAUAUUCCCGCUUAUAUUGCGCGCAAAACAAAAGCACAUMAAAUAAUUAAAGAUAAAAACGAUAAGCAGUACACCUACGCACACCGCCCGCACACACACCGCCACCCACACUAGCCCAAAAAAAAAAUGCUGCGUAGCUGUGUGUGUUUGGGUCGUGGCGCGAAACGGCGCAGCUCCUCGCUAGAGGACACCUCGUCGUGUCGCUCGUCCGAAAUCGAACGUGUCGCCAAACGUAUGGAGACCAUGACCGUUUAUACGAAAACCACGACGACGUCAAAAACGACAACCACAACAACAAGUAAGCUGCAGCAGCAACAGCAGCUGUUGCAACAAAGCAACGACGGUGGACGCAGCACCACUUCCAGUCUAUUGCAGUUCUUCCAAUCGAAAACGUGGUACCGGCAUUGGCGCAAAACGGAACGCUCGAUGAGCAUGUCAAAGACCGAAAGAACUUUACGAGCAGCUUUGCUCAUCCAACGUUGGUAUCGAAGAUAUAGAGCGCGCAUGGAGGUGCGUCGCCGUUAUACAUGGACUAUAUUUACAAAUCUAGAAUAUGCCGGUGAAAAUGAUCAAGUGGAGUUAUAUAAUUUCUUCAAUGCACUGCUUACACACAUUCCCGAAGCUGCUGCKGCCCAACGCCCGUCACUGCAAAGGGACUCAGAGGUCUCAUUAGCUUCAGAUGUUUAUUUCGAUGAGUCAGAUUUCAAUGAGGAUGGCGAAUAUCGUUCCGACAAGAAUUAUGAUGGACCACAUUUAAAAUUUCCCUUAAUCAAGAAGGAUGUGGUGACGCUGAUUGAUGUGUUUCGCAAGAAAAAAUCUGAUCGCCUACUGGCCAAAUAUGUGGGUGGUAUACUAAAAGAGGCUGCAUUUAAAUUAAAACGACUUCCAAAUCUCAAUCAAGCAUCAACGGCGAUAUCCAAGCAGGUGACAGUUAUUGGAGAUUUGCAUGGAAAGCUGGAUGAUCUGCUGGUGAUUUUCUAUAAGAAUGGUCUUCCCUCAGUCGAAAACCCCUAUGUCUUUAACGGCGAUUUCGUGGAUCGCGGCAAAAAGGGUCUGGAGGUCUUCCUGCUGCUACUUGUCUGCUUUCUGGCCUUUCCCGGUGCCGUGCACUUGAAUCGCGGCAAUCACGAAGACUCUGUGAUGAAUGCGCGUUACGGUUUCAUACGCGAGGUGCAGCAGAAGUAUCGACGCAAUGCCGAUAAAUUAAUGAUAAUGAUUGAAGAAGUCUACCGCUGGCUGCCGCUGGGCACCAUCGUUAACAAUCGGGUGUUGAUUGUGCACGGCGGCAUAUCGGACACAACGGACUUGGAUAUGAUCAAGAGCAUCGACCGCGGCAAGUAUGUCUCCAUAUUGCGACCGCCCAUCGAGAUGGCUGGUGAGGACGGCAUCGAUAAAGUCGAAUGGAAACAGAUCUUCGACAUAAUGUGGAGCGACCCACAAAUUACCGAUGGCUGUAAGCCGAAUGCGCUACGUGGCGCUGGCACCUAUUUCGGUCCCGAUGUAACCAAACAAUUCCUGGAAAAAUAUAAAUUGAAGUUCCUUGUGCGUUCACACGAAUGUAAACCGGACGGACAUGAGUUCACACAUAAUAAACAGGUUAUCACAAUAUUCUCGGCAUCCAAUUACUAUGCCGUUGGUUCAAACAAGGGUGCCUACCUGAAGUUCGGUCCCCAGUUGGAUACACAAUUUGUGCAAUAUAUCUCAGCGGCAUCGAAGACUGCCAGACUAUCAUUCCAACAACGCAUAAGCAUUGUCGAGAGCUCAGCGCUGCGUGAAUUGGGUGCGCGUUUACGCGACCGACGUGUACAGCUCGAAGAGGAGUUUUCGAAAUUGGACCCAAAGAAUACUGGYGGCGUGACAGUCGCACAAUGGUCAGACACAAUGGAGCGUGUGACGCAAAUGUCUUUGCCAUGGCGUUUGAUGCGCGACAGAUUGGCACCGCCUUUUUCGCCGGACGAACCAAAUAUCGUUAACUAUCUGCUGACGUUGGAGCUGCUUGAAACGGAUGUUAUAGUUGAGGAAGCGGAGGCUUCUACAAGCGUCACCGAUGCUCUGUACAAAAAUAAGAGCAGCCUGGAAGCAAUAUUUCACAUACUGGACAAAGACCAUUCGGGUCAAAUAUCGUUGGAUGAGUUUGGUGACGCGGUGGAUUUGCUACGUAAAUACAUGCCAUCGGCUGGUUCGAAGAAAGAACUAAUGAAUAUGUGCCAAAUGAUGGACAUAAAUAAAGACGGUUUUGUGGAUCUCAACGAAUUUCUAGAGGCAUUCCGUCUCUGCGAUCAAGCGCGCAAAGCGCCACAACCCACAAAACCCAAGAUGGCACGACGCAAGUCAUUGUCAGAUUCAUUGCGCGUUGCCGAGCUCGCUGAACAACUUUCUGUGCAGAAAUUCGCAGAUACGGAAACCGACAUCGAUCCGCGAGAUCAUGCGUAAGUGAUACUCAGUGCAAAGCCCAAAAUAUAAACAAAGUGACGGACACAUACACACAUAUGUGAGUACUCAAAAGUAAGCAUAGAAUCUACUAAUGGUGGAGGCACUAACAACUAUAAGCGAAGUAGACUUUUACAAAUUGUCAAAAGUAUAAUUUGUGGAUAAUCACAAAACUGUUAUGAAUUAAUUUCGGUUAAUAUGCUAUGUUAGUUUGUAAAAUAUUUCUAUUUCUAUAAAUAAUUUUUUAAGCAAAUUAUUUCUCACAUAUACAAACAUAUUUACGUUGUGUGUAAAUAAUGCGCGUUAGAUUUUUGUAUUAGCACAGUUAUAUUGUAUAGAUUUACUUUACUUACKUAGACUCAACGAAUGCUUUCCGCUGCAUGUACCAGAUUCUUACUCCGUCCAAACAACACUAUUUCUAAGUACUCUCAAUAAUUUAUUUGUUUAAAAAUAAAAUUAUUCAAUUAUAUAAGUAAA